UGGCUCCUCCCCUCCGGGCCUGGAGCGCCCGGGCGCCCCGCUCGCUCCCAGGUUCCUGCCCGCCACCCCUCCGGCCAUGGGCGCCGCGGGCUCGCAGCUGCUGGGCCGCCUCGGCGGGUCCCGCCGCCCCGCGCUGUCCGGGGCCGCCUGGCUCGGGGCGGCCGCGCUCGGCCUGGGCGCCGUGGCGCUGGGGACGCUCGUCUGGCGGCGCGGGCGGCCCGGGCGGCGCCGGCGGCUGCAGCAGGUGGGCACCGUGGCCGAGCUGCGCAUCUUCCCGGUCAAGUCCUGCAAGGGGGUGGCGGUGAGCGAGGCCGAGUGCACCGCCCUGGGGCUGCGCAGCGGCCGCCUGCGGGACAGGUUUUGGCUGGUGAUUAAGGAAGACGGACACAUGGUCACGGCCCGCCAGGAGCCCCGCCUGGUCCUGGUCUCCGUCGCCUACGAGGAUGACUGCCUGGUCUUCAGGGUGCCCGGCGUGGAGCAGCUGGUCUUGCCCAGCAAGCUGCCUUCCUCCAACGCGGUGCACGACUGCAGGAUUUUCGGUCUUGACAUUAAGGGCAGGGACUGUGGCGACGAGGCCGCUCAGUGGUUCACCAACUUUUUGAAAACAGGGGCCUUCAGGCUGGUCCAGUUUGAAAAGAGCAUGAAGGGAAGGGCGUCGAGGAACAUUUUCCCGUCUUUUGUGCAGGACUACGAGGUGGCCUACCCGGACUGCAGCCCGGUCAUGAUCAUCUCCGAGGCCUCCCUGGCGGAUCUGAACACCAGGCUGGAGAAGAAGGUGAAGAUGGACCAGUUCCGGCCAAAUAUCGUGGUGACGGGCUGCGAUGCCUUUGAGGAGGACACCUGGGACGAAAUCCGAAUUGGCAGCACGGAAAUGAAAAAGGUUUUGGCUUGCCCCAGGUGCAUCAUGACCACGGUGGACCCGGAUACCGGAGUGAUGGACCGGAAGGAGCCCCUGGAGACGCUGAAGAGCUACCGCCUGUGUAAUCCUUCCGAGAAGCACAUCUACAAGUCAUCCCCACUUUUUGGGAUCUAUUAUUCGGUGGAAAAAAUCGGAAGCUUGAAAGUGGGCGACCCCGUGUACAAGAUGGUGCCGUGACGGACCCGCGGGAUGUAAGCGUCCAGGAGACAUCGAUCAGGAUUUUAACAACAAUAACAACGCCACCUGGGAGAAUCCCAUCACCAGCCUCUGAUUGUCUUCGCCCUGGAAACGAAUCUUGGUUUUUGACUUUUUGGAGUUAUUCGUGCUCUGAGUUAAUGCAAGGAAAGUAUUAGAGGUGAUUUGGGGGAUGAAAGGUUAUAUAGAUUUUAGGUGAGGAAGACUUUUUAAAUGAAUGAAAUCAUCUAUAAAAUUAUUUUGAAUGGUACUGUGGCUCUUACACUUCUGACAUUAAUACUGACGAGUGAAGAAAGUAUAAAGAA